AUGGCGUCCUCACACACAUCCCUAAGCCGCCUCCUAACUCCCCUCCUCUCUACCUUCCGCUCCUCCAUCCAGACCCUCAAACCCACCACGACCAGCGCCAUAAUGCCAUGCCGAACAUUCUCCUCGACGCCCACGCCCCUCGCAGCAGGAGGAGGACCCCCUAGCCGACGACCGGGCGGGAAAGGCAAAGGUCCCCCCAAGGAUGCACGUAUAAAGUUGAUUCGAUACCAUAUGCAACAUCCCAAGACGCCGCGGCCGCUGAAGCUGUCCCGCAUGCGUGCCCUUCGACACUGGACGAUCCAUCGGGCGUGGAUGCUGGCGCAGCGGAAGAGAGUCGAGGGAGAGGAAAGCGAGUUGAUGAGGAUGUACCAAAGUAUGCACGCCGCUUGCGAAGAGCUGAGAUUGUUGGAUCCGCCGGGUACGAAGGAUGCGGGGAGGUUGUAUCGCAUUGCGAUGGAGAAGAAGGGGAUUUUUGGGCAUGGGGGGGUGCCGAUUGAGUAUGCGAGGGCGCAGACUGAGACCCCCCCGAGAGAGGCCUGGAAUCAUGCAUGGACGAGAUGA